UAUCGCGGUGCCGGAAAGGCGUGUGUGUUGUAACUUUAUCGCCUCGCUCUGUAUUUUCUAAGUUAUUUCGUCUUUGUAAGCUGUCGUGCGUCACAUUAAGUCAAAUCACUCAACGCUGCUUUGCUGUUUACAGUUAUCGCGGCGCUGAAACCGAGCCGAGGCGAGCCGAGCCGCGCCGCGCGUUCGCUCCCUGCCGGGACAUGUUAGCCUCCGCCGCUGCUGCAUGUCCGCGGCGUCUCUCGGCUGUGAGGACUUUGUUGUGGUUGAACUGCACAAUGGAGUCUCGAAUAUCCGAUCGCUCCGCUUCCCGUAGGACUGGAGUUUGUCUGUUAAAGCCCCGCAGAUGUUUCUGCGGGGCUUUAACGCACAGGGCUGACACAUAGACCGAAGAGUGUUUUCCUGGAGGUUGUUGAAACCUACAAAGACAUGGAUUUGGUGAACAUUUGUGCAACCACCUCCGCCGGAGAAAACAAAGGGCGAGUCAACAAGCAGCAUAAAAACUGGCACAAGCGGCUCCACCUCAGGAAGACUGGCGUCCAGCCCCCAGCUAUGCAAAGCCAAGAUAAGCAUGGACCAAAGAAGAUAACCGGGGAGUGGGAGCAACCCCCAGCGUGGCCUUCAUCAAAGAAGCCUCCCCAGGAAGCAGCACAGAGCUGGCACAGCACUCAUUCCAGCGCAAAUACUCUCAGGUUUGCAUGCUCUCAAUGCAAAGACAACUUAGAAUAUGUUCCAAAAGAUCUGGUCAGACACUUUGAGGAGAAACACAGUGGAAAGCCGCCGGUCUUUUCCUGCCACAUGUGCACCUUCAGCACACAGGAGUUCUCAUACCUUCAUGUUCAUCUUUUAAGCCACAGUGACUCUUUCUCUAGUUGCACUAUGUGUAAUGACAACGUUCAACGCUCAUGGCCUGAAUUCAGAGCACACAUGACAAUGCAUCACUGCUCCAGCGGCAAAUAUUCCUGUGAAAUGUGUCAUGCGUUCUCCACCGGUGACAUUCACGUGUUUCUGCAACAUCUACACGGACACAACGUGGAGCUGGGGGAAGCAGACGUGCAGCUAUCGCAGCACAACCAGGACAAAAAUCUGCUGCUGGCCGCCAAGACUUUCCAUUGUCGAUACUGUGGGUUUGAGGCCUCCAGGAAAAUGCUGAUUACCAAGCACGUCAAAGCUGUGCACGUUUGCCAGAAUGGUAACCAGUGGAAGGAGAAGAGGGGCGUUCAUCCCAUAGCAGUGAAACCACAAGACAGGCUCCUCAGAACCAAGCCCCGGUUAACGAGAAGUGCAGUCAAAGGCACAUGCUGGCUGUCACAGAACUGUCUGUCCUUGCCAGGUAGGGAGUUUCUGGAUAAAUACUGCCAUCUGUCUGAUCCGAAAACAACACUAGAGGAGACAGAACAGUUUCUGAUGAGAUCUGUCACUGGAGAAACCGAUGACCAGAAGUGGACCAAGGCUUUGAAAUCGGUUUUGUCUAAUGUUCCUCAAGACCUUCACCCAAAGGGGGAAAAUGGCGUCUUACUGAACCCCUCAGAUCUGACGGUCCUCACUGUGAAGAACAAAAUCACCCUGGCUCAGAAUGGGGCUACUUAUUCCAAAAGGUUGAAAAUGAUGGCGUCCGCAGAAAAGGACACUGCUGGAGGUGCAGUGGGCGAGUCUGCACGUGGCGCCACAGAGAACGGUUUGAGAGAUCAGACCGUCUGUCCUGAGCCUGAACGUGGUCCCUGCUCUGACGUCUCGCCGUCUGCUCACACUGAGCCCGCUCCGACGCUUCCAAUGCAGCCAAACAAGGACAACUUGGAACUAAAAUCACUUCAGGUUGUUGAGGAGCUGUGUGAAAAGCUGGGAGAGCAUGGAAUCAGGACCUCCAGUGAUCUGAAAUUAACAGGUGUAAAUGCAAAAAAGAAAGCUGUUCAAAAAACCCAAAUUAUAGGCAGGAGGCAAAAUCCACGUCGGAAAAGGAAGACUUUCAGAAAAGCAGUUAAAAGAUCAGAAGGAUGGGCCUUAAAGAUGGUCCUGAAGAAGAAUCCUGUCAAACAGAAGCUGUGGGUUUCACAGGAAUCCGUGUCUGCAUCAGAGGGAGACGUGGCCGACGGCCGGCAUGCAGCUGUGGAAGAGGAACCGCAGACUCCUCAAGCUUUGGAAGCUACAGAAGAACACCAAGCCAACGCGACCAAAGGUUCCACAACCGAGAACCUCCAGUCACCUGAGGCCAGAAUGUUGGUGCUGCAAUCAGAGUUCAGCACAGUGGAUGGAGAGCGGCCGGGAGAUGAGGUUGAACCGGAGCCCCCACAGGAAGCUCAGAAUGAGCUGUUCAUUGCUUCUGAAGUGGAAGUGGACCAGAGCGGACCAGCUGGCAGGAGGUGUCUGAAGCGGGCUGCAUCCAUGACUGAAGACCAGAAUGUACAACUCCAGAAACCCUCCACUGGUGCUAACCGUCAUGUGGUAGAGGAUGAGAAGAAGCUAGUUGCAGCUGGAGCAAUGGAUGGCAGAAGCUCAGCUGUUUGUCCCAGUGCAGACACACCUGAGGGUGUGAUGGAUGCAGAAGUGUCACUCCUCAAACAUUCUUCAGAGCAGAGAGAUGACAGUGCUGUCAGUCCAGAAGAAGCAUCUCCGCCGUGUCAGUCUGUAGGUAAAGCCAUCCAGCAGGAGUCCUCACCAGCCUCUGGCCAGCCCCGCCAGCCGGCCCCAAAGCACCAGGAGAGGACCCUGAAGUUAGUAGCCAUAAACCCCUCUCAGCUGGUAAAGCGUCCGUCUGGAGACCAACCCGUUGUGGUGCUGAAUCACCCCGAUGCCGACAUUCCUCAGGUGGUGAAGAUCAUGGAGGUUGUCAGCAGGCACAGAGAGGUGCAGAAAGUGGUUUUGUCCCGUAGAACUCUGGAAGCUCUCUCAGCUUCCAGCCAUGAAACGACCCCGGAAGAAGCUUGGACCGGACCUGCACGGCCGGGGGAUGGCCCGGUGCAGGAAAGGUUCACCUUGAAGUUUAAAUUCCGUCGCUUGAACAGAAAGAAGUAUGAAAUAGUGGGCAUAGACUCGCCCAGCAGGGAUUUUGCGGUGAAGUUCUCCUGCUGGUUUUGUGGGCGGAUCUUCACAUGUCAGGAAACCAUGAUGAGCCAUCGGCAGCGGCAUCUGAUCGAGUGGAAACGGCCAAACUGUGAAAACUCUUAAAAGUCUCCAACACUGGACACACGAGUCUGGAAAAAGACUUUGCAAUACACUUUUUUAAGUCUUAAUUGUGCUCUGCGUUUGUGAAUAAUCGUUUGCCUCCUGGGGGUUCCCGUGCUCAGGGUAAUUGAACCUCUCCUUUCCCACGUAGCUGGAGACGAGCUCUUGUAGAUUAACCUGUAAAGCCACAACCAUGGGGUGUUUAUAAUCGUUUCUAUUUUGUCUACACAUUUCUUUAUUUAUGGUCAUUUAAGUACACUGUCAUGUUGAACCCUAUAAAGAACACUGUAAUUAGUAAACUUGCCAUACUCUCAUUGGAUCAGCUGAUGGACGAGUGGGCUGCCAUAUUUGUUUUUGGGAUGUACCCUCAAGUUACUCUGAAAUACCAAAGUGUGUGUUUAAGAAAGAAAAAAAAAAGCUGUUUUAUUCUGUGUAUUUAUGGUUUAUCAUAUAUAUGCUUCAUUUAUUCAUUUUUUAAUGUGUACAUUUCUUUUGUAUAAAAUUGUGUUCAGUAAAUAUGGCAACUAUGAGAGUCAUGUGAAGUGGGAGUUAAUUUAACUGAGAUAAUUUCAAAAGCUAUUUUUUUGUGUUUUCUGAAGUCAAAUCUGCUAAAAAAAAUCAUUAAGAAAAUGUACAUUUUAUUUUGAGCUAAAUUUAACGUUUCCCCGUUUUGGAUGAUCUUUUGAUUGCACUAAGAGGAUUGGUCUUUCCCCGUUACCUCACUUUAUCAGACUCUGACAAUCUCCAGCCGCGUCCUGCUGUGGCUCCUCCCCUUCCCUUACGCUUCUCAACGAUCAGGCUGAGGCUUGACGGAUGCGGUCAGGGAUCCACGGUCGACUCCUCUUGAAUUGUGCACAAGUCCCAGUUUCUCCAUUUUUACAGUGAUUUCUGAUUGUACAUAGACCGACUGGUGGUACUGUAAACUAUUUUCUGAGAAUUUUCACCAAGUGCCUGGUUAUUAAUGUUAUGCAACCAAUGUGCACUAGUCUCAAUAGCAUUACUUUUUCAGAACAGAGAAAAGCAGUAGUUUGUAAGUUUUUGGUGGCAUUUUAUUUUUAUUUUAAAUGAAUGAGGACACGAGCAGACUUGGAACACGUACAAUCUGUUUUUCCACUCCAAAGGAUUGCUAUUAAAAAAAGGUUCUUUUCUUUGCGUUAUUGUCUCAUUCCUUGCAUUAAGUUGAGUACACUGUUUACUGACUGAACAUGGAAAAAACAAUAAAAAUGUUUGAACAGUUUUGAA